GCUAAAAUCUAACCGGACAAUUGUAACUUUUAGCUUUAUUCUGAUUGGAUAAUAGUUCGUCACUCGAGUUUUCCGACAAUUAUGGGGACCGCCGACGGCGAGCGGCUGCACUCGACGGUGCGGCUCAACCAGUUCACGCUGCAGUUUGAAGACCCGGCGCUGGAGAAGGUCUACCAGGCGGGCCUGCACCCGCGCAAGAAGGCGCUGUGGCUGCGCUCGCUGCUGCCAGCCGCGGCCUCUCAAAUAUUAUUUGCACUAGCUGAUGGCCUCGACUAUCCUGUGGAAAAUCUGCUUGUUACCGUGCCGACGCGAGUCUUGAUAGCGAUGCUUCAAGUUGCCAUGUGGCUGCUAGUGCGAUGGGAUCUAGUACGGGCGAAGGAGCAGACGAUGCUUUUAGUGUCCAUAAUCAGCGGUAUCCCCACUCUACUUCUGUAUGCGCUGCAACGAUCAAGUAUCUGUCAAUGGGUAUUCCAUGCACUAGAGAUUCUCAAACUUGAUACUCAGAUCCUCACCACUGAUAUGCUUGCUCUAGGACGCCAUGUUCGUGACUUUCGGGUUGUCCUUCUACACGAUCCCCAAGGUUACGCCACUGGGUUACGUCUCCUCUUUUUACGGCAGUUGGGCCACAGCUGCGGUGUACACAGUGCUCACUUUUGUGGUUCGACCGCCACCCAGAAGAGCAGAGGGGGUACUGGGUAUCUUCUUUUUAGUGCCGAUGGUGUGGGUCUUCAACACUAUUGCGUACUAUUCCGAGUACAAUUCCCGUGAACGGUUCGCAUUGCGACGGCGACUAAGACGUGAGAGUAUCACGUUGGCAGUGGCGUGUACCUCAUCGGGAGGUGAAGCUCUGUUGCAAGGAGGAGAAGAGGACGGCUGGCUGUUACUGCACACGUUGUCCCUACGAGGCCUCAUGGCUGCUAAUAGCAACAGUACGGCGUCUUUUAUCGUCGCUGUGAUACUAUGGGGAGCGUUCACGUUGGGUGGCUGGACGUCGCUUCCAGACGCGCUAAAAUUUGUAGACGAAGCCACUGGAUGGGCUUGGUUUAGUCACUGCGCUGGCGUGACGGUGUUUUUAUUAGUUAUGACAAGACGCCUGCGAUGGUUGCUAGUGGUGCCCGUAGUUGGUGCUUUCGUGUUGUGGGUCAUGUCGCUGGCUAUGCCGGCUUCGUGGAUUAUUUUCUCGGCUCACAGUGUGGGUUAUGGACUGCUCUUGGCUUCCGUGGUGGUCGCUAUGGGCGUCUUUGGCUGGUUCUUGUGUGCUUGGAGAGAGCUGGUGUCCUUUUUGACACGGUCUUGCUUCCUGUACCCACAGCUCCAGGCUGGGAUGGAGAGAGAAUACCCGCUGCUUGUACGCAUCGUGUCCGAGUACACAGCAGGCUUCGAUCCUGAGAUUUUAUCUGCUCGCGUACCGACAGAGACUGCCAUUGAGUCAAUGGGAGCUCCAUCGGAGACUACAACUCCAUUGAAGACUGGAAAAUCUAUGACGACACCACAUUCAAAGGGACCUGCAACUGACAAGCCUAAAAAGGAGCCAACGAAGAGUAAAGUCGACAACGAGAAGAUUAAAUCAGCCACACCUACCGACUAUAAGACAUCUGAAGCUGCAGCAAUGGAGGCUUCGACCACGGAUGGUACAGCAUCCAAGCAAGACGGCGUCGUCGUAAAUACUGACUCGUUGGAUCGGAAAAUGGUCUCAGUUUUACCGUCAUUCAAGCCUGGCAAGUGUUUUUUCUGCUCGAAAAACGAGGCCGAGCACUUUGUCCCUGCGUGUGGUAUGUGGGGCAAGUGGACCCAUUGGCGGAUGAAUCAACAGCAUAAUUUGAACAACUCAUCGAUUGCUUCCGCUUCCGGAUCGACAGUUGCCAAGAGCGCCGUCGCUAUCUCCAUGUGCACGUCUUACUACGAUCUCCAGAACGACAAGUCCCAGCUGGAAGCUCGUGUUCAAGCAGAGGAAGAGAAGACCGCUGCUCUCACCAAGAAACUCGCCGCAUGCGAAGAACGUGAACAACAUCUUUCGCUGGAGAACGUACGACUUAUGGCAGAACUCCACACUAUGGAGGAGAAACACGCGGCUGAAUUACGACGAUGCGAGACGCACCUCGGAGAGAAGAUGGAGGCAGUACAGCAGGAAGCCAAUCGCGUAGCACACGAACGGAAACUACAGGCCAAAAAGUCUGAAGCCGCGUACUCUUCAUUGCAAAAACUUCUCCAAGUUAAUGAGCGUCUCGUUCAAGAAAAGAGUGCACAAGUUCAGAGUGUAGAGGCAGAGGCGACGGAACUUCGCUUGAGUUUAGAGCAGAGUGAACAGGAUGCUGUCGACUGGAAAACCAAGACUGAAGACCUGAAAAAGCAGGUUGCGAGCUUGGAACGUCGACUGCAGCAGCACAGUAACUCGCAAAGCAGAGCGUCACCUCGGUUUGACGCUUCAGUGCUGGACUUCUCGUUCGCUUCGACGGCAAGUACAGGAUCGUCGUUGGAUGUUUCACCUGUAUCAGCGCUUCAGACUUUGCAACCGUCUGGUCGACUACCGUACGCGCAAUCCCUGGAGAUCGAAGGUCUGCGGGAGUCCAGCAGACACUCCAGGGACGACGUGGACUACUCGAAACGCUGGCGACUUCUACAAUCCUCUGAUCUGAGCAAAAGCGAUGAUUUGGUAGCGGAAUGAACGCCAACAGAUGAAUGAAUUAAUCAAAGUUAUCGACCAACGACCACACAUUUUAGACUCAGAAGAAGCCCAGCGGAGGGGGUUCCACACUGCCAUUACUGUCGAGUUCGCGGUAGUAUUGCUUGAGCAGAUCUGAAUAGCAGCGAAGCGAGUGUGCCGCGUACACUUGGUAGUAAUGCGGAUACCUCACGGAGCUGGCGAGACGACGCAGUUCAUCCAGCAUGGCCAGCUCGUCUCCAGGUAAGUAGCGCAAGUAGUACGGAGGUUCUCGACGCAGUUCUUCGUCCAGCAGCUCCACUUCAUGACAUGGUUUGCCUCCUGGCAGCCCCUCGUUCACACUGGUCGUCGCUGCUGCGUUCGAGUCUUCAGUAGUGUGGCGUUUUAAUGUUCGGAACGCCAGAGCGCGACUCCGAGCAGCCAGUUGCUCAUUCUGGAACUUGCGGUUGCCCUCACGAGCGUAUCGUCGCUCCUGCGCGAUGAUGACGGCCAGACAGGCGUCAAACGCGCGCCAUAGCGCUUGCUCCGUACGAAGAACAGUGAUGUCUGCAGCCGUCAUGGUCGGGUUGCACGGGUGCUGCACUGCAUCGUUGAAGCGGUUCUCCUUGCUAUUGUGGCGACUGUAUCCCUCUUCUUCGUCGUAUUCAUUGUCGUGCGCUCGACUGAGCUCGAGAGACGAGAUAGCGCAGCGUCCGAUGAGCAGGUGAUCAAUAGGCGAGUCCAGGACAAACCGGUUGGCUCGCACGACGCGAUAGACCAGUAGGUGAUGGUAUUUCGUGCGGACUUCGGCGUUCCAGUGCAAGAAGAAGGUCAUGUGGCGCUGCACCAGCGCCUUGAGGACGCUCUGGCGUAAGUCGCCUUCAAAGUAGUCCAUUCGAUGGUACAGGAACAGCAACGUGCUGCUGAGGAUCUCGCAGUUCUCACUGGACAACAUGAAGCGCAUACCCGUCGCGAAAGUCUGACCUCUGAAGCCUGGAGGCAAGCGAUACACCAUCAUCCCGCUGCCUCGACGUUUGUCGGUACCACCAAUCUCCGUGAGCAUCGCGGUGGCGCUGAACCAUUCUUCAAAACGCGUUAAACACACUUCGACGCUGCGGGCGUGAAGGACGUUAGUGCACUCGUACAUGGCCAACACACAACUCUCCAAUAGCUGGUUGUUCCUCAGUAGCUGCACGACGUUGUCCAGUACAGUUCGAAUCGCUCGAAUGGACUCAAGUUCGAAUGGCAGACGGUCUUCGUCUUGACUUCCUGGCUCGAUUUCCAUGGACGAGGACGGCAAUGGACCAGACGUGUCACGGACGUACAGCCACUUGGCCCAACAAGCCUCUUUCAGCAACAGUAGUGACACUCGUAUCAACAAAGUGUAACCCGGUAAACACGUCCACACGACGUCACUCCCCAGCGCUGUGUUGGCUGCGUGGAGACAGACAAACCCCAUGAACUUGGAAAAGAACUCGCCGUCGUGGCUUAGUUUGUGCAGCCAGCAAUUGCGUGUUUUAUCGGUCAUACGGAAAAUGUCAGCGUCCGGAUAUGGCCCCAAGUACGGCGAGAAGCGGGUCCAUUUGAACAGCGUCGGGUUUUGACGUACAAAGGCUUCUUCAUCGCUACGUAGAGCCGACUGUUUGCUGUUGUAGCGACUGGUUACUUUGGCCGUGCUGGUGCCGUUCCCAUUGCCUUCUUCACUCAAGAUGUAGCCAUCGUAGUCUGUCCAGCGUACUAGAGAACCGGCAAAGGUGUUCCCAUUCCACGGUCGAGAAGCUGAAGCACGUCGCGGCUGUCGAGCUUCAGUUGGUGGAGCACUGGACCCCUCCUCAGUCAGAUCUUCCACACGAGAAUCGUGAGCUUGUAGAUGGAUCCACUCCUUCUCACGAUAAGCACCGAAUAUCUGCUCAAGCAUCGCGUUCUGCAGCACUGGCACGCGGAAGAAGCACACCGCAAACACUCGAGCAAAGAACCGUGUUUCCACUAGAGAAAUGUACGGACGGUGCUUCUGCCGCGCAGACUCGAGGUUCUCGAUCGCGUACUUGAAUGUGGCGAUCAGCAGACACCUGUACAAGUACAAGUCUCGUUCACCGUCGGUGGCGUCGUCCAUAUUUCCACGGUUAUUUGCACCAUUGGGGGUGACAUUCUCAGUGUUAACCAUCAAAUUCGGUCCAGAGGUAGCGAUAUCGUCGUUGAAAUCCAUCCCGUUCAAUGUCGCAGUGGGUGAAUAGGCGAGCCAGCCCAUGCCAGCACCACUCACGUUACCGGAAUUCUUGGGAGUCUUGGUUCUACUGUUGGCAGACACUUCGGUCUCGGAAUUGCUGACCGGUAGGUGAAAUUCCACGCGUUCCAUGAUGAUCCCGAUAAGUUGAAAGUACAAGUUGCGUGUCUCCGUUGGUAGCGAGGAUUUUUCGUCGUUUAGUUGGGCAACUAGAAACUUCCAACAGAUUAAAAGUCCACGGCGACACUGUCGGAACAGCUUUCGACGUUGAUUCCAGCUUGGUGAGGCUGCAGAUAAUACUUUUUGUUAGCAUUUUUUUGAAAAAAUAAAGAGAGAAGGCGAGUUACUCACCG